CUGCUGCGUCUCGCGUCGAAAACAUGCGCCCGGCGCAUCACCACCGGCCUGCCGAGAUUCACGAUGGCGUCGCCGUUCCGAAGCCUCCAACAUGACUCCUACAGUCUCUCAUCCUCCCCGGGCCUGCCAUCACUGGACCAGAUCCAAUCCCAAGCACCCGCACGGCCUCCAAUUCGAAGUGGCAGUGCAGCAAUGCAGAUUCCCGACGAUGCAAAUCGCAACUUCACCAGCGCCUCGAGCUUUCUUCGCCAAGAACAGUCCGCGAUCGACCUGACGACUCCGUGCAAACCAUCUACCGAGAGCUUCUGCCAACCCCCACCACCGCUUCCCGAAGACGAUGUUGAGAUCAUUUCGCUUGCGUUUGUCACGAAGCCGAAACGAAAGAGGGGUGUGAAGGUCCUCGAGAAGAAGCCCGGGCAACCGCCACCCAAAGCCGCCCGGUCUACCAAAGCAUCCAAGGAGAAGGAAGAGACCGAGGCCGACCAGCCAUGGAAGAAAUACUUGAAGGAUGCUGCCGAGAAGGAAGAGAAGAAGGCAAAAGCCGCGAAAACCAAGGCUCCGGCCAAGGCGUCGAAGAAGAAAGGAGAGACCGCCAGUCGCCACUUUACAAAAUCCAAGUCCAAGGAUGAGGCCAAAGACGAAGAGAUUCCCGCGCCACUAAAGAAAGACUCUGGUGAGCCAUUAGAGCUGGAUGCGGCUAUGCGACGGCGCAUGGAUUGGACACCACCACCAGCGGACACUGCUUCCGGGUCGAACGCACAGGUCGUGGACUUGCUUUCUUCAGUCGACAAGAGCUCGAGCUUUGUCGCGUCCAAAGAGACCUUCGACAAUCUGUUCAAAAACUUCGGCCGCCCGGAAGAUGAACCACCCAGGCCCUCUGUUGAGCCACCUGAUGGGGACAAUCCUAUUCUACGAAAGAGGAAAUUGAUCGAGACGGUGUCUAUAAAUGAUUCGGCCAAAGCCGCAACAUCUGACCGGGUACCGCCAAAACCAAAGGCAACCAGGAAGAAACCACGAACAAUUACCGAAUUGGCCACAGCAGCAUAUGUAGUUCCGGACGCAACUGAGCAGGAAGAUCCAUCAGAACUUCCUCUUGAGAGUGUCGAGGGCGAUGCAGAGGCUGCAAAAGGCAAGGGGAAAAAGAGGCCGUCAAGGGCCAAGAAGCCGAAGAAAAUGCCACCGCCAGAACCUGUACUUCUAUCACCGACGGCAGCUCUGAGACAAGCUGCGAAUCAGGAUUACGUCUUCGGGACAUCAAGCCAGCUGGCACGGGAGCACUCCCCGACGUUUCUCAGAGAUCUGCAGUCUGCGAUUCAGGCUUCGAAUUCACGGUUGAAGCAAGAUGACCACUUUGUCACCCCUAUCAACAGCGACGCAAUCGAGCCGGAACCUCGUCAAAAGCUUUGGGGCGUGGGUGCGCGAGACGAAGAUGGAAGAGUUUUGGAUCUCGAAGUCAUCGACUUGGCGAACACACCAAAGGCAGCUGGAGCGACCUCUGAAGGGCCAAAUCCAUUUGGAUAUGUUGCCGCUGAGAAGCAGCCGCCGCCGCUUCCCAAUCACUUCCCAUCGGAGGAUUCCUUCCCAGACAUCGAUGAUCUCUUGGGUAAAGGCGCGGCUGGCGAUUUGCCUAGGGGCCAAAAGGAGGCAUCACCUUUCUUCUCGACAGCUCGACCCGUAACUGCCCAGUCAGAACAGGGACAGGCUGGUCCUGUUGAUGAGAUCGCAGAAGGCUUUGACGAGGAUGACAUUGACUUGCCUCCCCCGCGGCUUCCGUCGGUGAUGGAGACAAAGGCACCUGACCCUGUGAUCAAGGCUCGGCCUACCACGGAACCUAGCAAGCCCAAGUUCGAGCUAUACACCGACGUUCAGCUCGCGCGAGAGAUCUCGUCGUACGGCUUCAAGCCAGUCAAGCGACGUACGGCUAUGCUUUCCCUGUUGGACCAAUGCUGGGCAAGUAAGCAACGGCCAGCCCUGUCGUCACUACCAAUGAGUCGCCCGAUUUCGACGACUUCUGAGUCACAGGCAGCUGCAAAGUUGCAGACAGCCGCAUCUGUCGUGUCACCCAAGCGCCCGCCAGGCCGUCCGAGAAAGAACAGUAUCGACCCAUCGCUCGGUGAGCCGUCACCCAAACGCCCACGCGGCCGGCCGAGAAAGAACGGCAGUGUCGAACCCGUACCGAAAGAGGCAUCGCCUAAACGCUCUCCAGGCCGCCCCCGCAAGGUUGUGGAAGUUGAAGUCAUGUCCAGUGAGCCGCCGCCGUCAGCGCAGCCGCCUCCGCCAUCUCCCAAACGAUCACGCGGACGGCCCAAACGAGCCGUUGAGCCGUCGCAAAGCUCUGCCGCUCCACGAAAUGUGAAGGGCAAAUCGAAGAUGACGGCAGACAUUCCAGUCAUUCCAGAGACGGGCGUGCGGGCGGCCUCCCCACGUGGGAAGCGGCGCAAGUCACAGGAGGUCAUCGAAAUACCUGAUUCAGCAUCCGAAGGGUCCAUCUCGUUGUCGCCAUUUUCCUCGCCUGAGCCGACUUUCUCUUCACCACCGCCUGUUGAUGUUUCCCUAUCUGUCGGCGAGGACACGGAAAUCUCUCUCGCCGCAUCGCCUAAGACUCAAGAGGAUGUGGCCUUGUUCCAGCAUAUUACGGAAGCGGUCACGACGGCACCUCCGGCUAUAGAUCCGAAGAAGCCUUCUUUUCAUGAAAUGAUGUUGAUGUAUGACCCUAUUAUACUCGAAGACCUCGCCACCUGGUUGAACACCGGGCAGCUGUCCAGGGUCGGUUAUGAUGGCGAGGUCUCUCCGACUGAAGUGAAGCAGUGGUCCGGGUGCUGCGAAACGAUAUCCGAUGUCUUCGAUAUUCUUUCCUCGCAGCUUUCGCAUGCGAACCCAUUCGUCAAUAGCAUCAGUUCGACUCACCAACAUCUCAAACCCUUGCUCAAUUGCGACCGCAACGUCGAGCCGAGGCCGAAGUCCGACUACGCCACUCAUAGGCGUCUCAACUCCGAUCAUACAUCUCAAAGUCGCGACAAUAGCAAUCAUGUCGCAAAAGCGAGCUUCAUCUUCAGCGUCAACGAAAGAGAAGAAGGAGGUACAAGCGCCCCGGCCAAGUUCAAGUAUCUUGCUUCUAUCGCCGACAAACCAGGUAUUACUGCUCCAUCGGGUAAAGACAUCAACAUCGUUCGCAUCGGCGCACAAGCGAAGGAGAGGCAUGAGGAUGGCCCUGCGUACCGCCUCGGUGCCAUCAGGGAAUGCUUCGAGGAGACGGGAAUCCUCCUCGCCACAAAGAAGGGAUCGGAAGACGCGUCUACGCUCGUAAACCUGCCGUCGCUAGACAGGGACGCCGCCCGCAAGCAGAUCCAUGGGAACCAGGUCCGCUUCAAUGACUGGGUCGAGAAAGUCGGCGGUGUUCCAGACGUCGACCGCUUGAUCCCUUUCACGCGAUGGGUCACGCCAACGAAUGUACCCAAACGCUUCACGACGCAGAUGUACCUCUACAUGCUCCCGCACUCAGCCUCAACCGGCGCCGAGGCAACAGAGCACGAGAUCAUUGUCCCAACACCCGACGGCGGUGUAGAGCACACAGCCGCCAAGUUCGACGACGCGUCCGUGUGGCUUUCGCGCGCCGACAAGGGAGAAAUCAUUCUCUUCCCACCGCAGUACUACCUACUCUUCCUCGUCUCUCAGUUCUGCAAGGGCGCGUCGAGCGGAGCCGGUAUCGAGCACUUCGCGGCGCAGCGGGAGCAGCUCCGGCGGUUUCUGGAGAGGAUCCCGACGGUCGAGUCAGAAGCUGCGAAGAAGCAGCCCACGUCUCAGAUCCCCUGGUCGGACAAGGUCAUGAGCCCGCAUAACCUCUUCAUCCGCGAGGACGACAACCGCGUGGUGUUGGGCAUCGACAAGCCGGGGCCGGAGCUGAAGGGCUCCGGACGCGGAGGGGACUGGGAGAGGGUCGUAUUGGUGAAGUUCACCAGAGAAGGGCCGCGGAGCGUCGAAGUUCGGGGGCGGGAGGAGGUGCUGCGCGAGGAGAAGGAGUCGAAAACGGCGCGGGAGGAGGCGGAGAAGAGCGACAAAUCCAAGAUCUGA